AUGGUCAAGAAGUUCAARGAAGACAUGAUGAAGACUUUUGAGAUGACUGAUUUAGGCCUAAUGCACUUCUUUCUUGGAAUUGAAAUAAUUCAAGAAGAAGAAGGGACAUUCAUCUCACAAAAGAAGUAUACAGAAACUCUUUUGAAGAAAUUCAAAAUGGAGGGGUGCAAAACAGCCUCCACUCCAUUAGACAACACUAAAGCAUUCAAAAAGGAAGAUGGCUCACCAAAGGCAAAUGAAUCACAAUUUCAAAGUAUGAUUGAAAGUCUUCUCUAUUUAACAGCUACAAGAUCAGACAUCAUGUAUGCAGUUAGUCUACUAUCAAGAUUCAUGCAAAACCCAAGUCAAGUUCAUCAUGGAGCAGCUAAAAGAAUACUAAGGUAUUUGCAAGGAACAAAGAGCUAUGGAAUUUGGUACGGAGUCACACAUGACUCUAAGCUCAUUGGCUACACCGACAGUGACUGGGCAGGUUCGGUAGAUGACAUGAAAAGUGCAUCCGGUUAUGCUUUCGCACUUGGAUCAAGGAUAUUUUCUUGGGCUUCAAAGAAGCAAGCAACUGUUGCCCAAUCAUCAGCUGAAGCAGAAUAUAUUGCAGUAGCAAUAACAAUGAGCCAAGCUAUAUGGCUCAAAGGAUAUUUGAUGACAAGGGAGAACCACAAGUUGGUGCCACUGAAAUCUACUACGAUAGCAAAUCUGCUAUUGCAAUGGCAAAGAAUCCGAUAUUUCACAGCAGAACCAAACAUAUUGGCAUCAAGUAUCGCAUUAUCAGAGAAGUAG